GUCGGAGCGCAGUCGCGCUUAUGGGCGAGACACACUUUCUGUUUUUUUUUUUUUUUUUUUUUCGCACCAAUCGCCAAGGAAACGCUCCCGCGCUGAAAUGAAGCACAGCCUGGUCUUCAGCGCGGAUUGACACGGAAACUUUUACGAUGGCCGCAGAGGCGCAAAAGUAGCCGCAAGAGAUAGAGAGAGAGAGAGAGAGAGAUAGAGAGAGAGAGAGAGAUAGAGAGAGAAGGCUCGCCACCACACGCACGCGCAGGGCUAGAAUGUACGCGCUCAGAGCCCACUGCAGUUUCUAACAGCAAGACGCUUUUUUUUUUUUUUUUUUUUUUUCCCUUUCACAACCGAGUCGGCCUCCUGAAAACCGUUUUGUUUUUGUUUUCUUUUUUCCUUCCACCUCUCCUGCUUUUCCAGUCGCAACUCUGUGUUCGAGCCUGUUGUUUUGCACCGGUGAUAGAGAAUAAUUAUGGCGGGGAAAGGGACAUCACAAGGCACGGGAAUACUGCUGGUGACGGCCAACGUCGGCUCUCUCUUCGAGGAUGUCAGGGGCAUGGCGGAUCCGGAUUCUAUCCGAGGAACACCGGGCAUGAGUGGGAAUACACCCUGGAUGGGGUGCCAGUCCAUCGCAGGGCACCGUGCACACACACAUUCACACACUUAUUCACACCCACAGGCUACUUAGCAUAGCCAGCCCACCUUCCGGCAUGUUUCUGAGAGAUGGGAUGAAGCCAGAGAACACUGAGGAAGUAUACACGGACACCCUAACCCUAAUCAUAGUUAAUUAAAACCAGUGUCAGUUUAUUUUUAUAACCAGCCUCGCACUCCUCAAUAAAAUGAACAGUGUAUGUUCUUUGUUCUUUUAAGAGAUUCGUGGUUUCCCUUUUUGGUUAUUUAGACAUUUACAUUAAUGGCAUUUGGCAGAAAUCCUUAUCCAGAGUGACUUACAGAAGUGCUGUGAAGUCUCAAUCAGUAAAUACCUCCUGAUACUGGUUCACUAGGUCAUGGACUAAGACUACUAUCUAUCUAACAAGCUGUGGACUUGUUGUUCGAUGUUACCUUUAGAGGGAACGCAGAACAAGAAUAUGUUAUAUGGCUUCUGAUAAUGUAAUGUACAAGAUGACCUGAAAACUUCUGACACAGUGUCGACUCUUCUUUUAUAACAUCUUUCUCCAUUUGCACAGCUCCGCACUUUGUGGCCAGAAUUGCAGAAUUACAAUUUUGCUGCCACUGCUGACAAUGAUAGCGUCCUUCCAAAGAGCCCGAAAACCUUCAGAAGACAUGGCUGCGGGAGUUCUAUCAGACGGUGCACACACACAAACCACACUUUGUGGCAUUACACUGUCAAGAAGUGGGCGGGAAAAAUUACGAGGAGUCCAUGGCACACGUGGACAGCUUCGUCAAAGAGUUACUGUCCAGCGACGCCAUGAAGGAGUACAACAGAGCCCGUGUCUACCUCGACGAGAACUACAAGUCCCAGGAGCACUUCACAGCACUAGGAAGUUGCUACUUUGUACACGAAUCCUUAAAAACCAUCCACCAGUUUGAUUUCAAAGCCAAGAAGUUCAAGAAGGUGGUUGGCAAAGAGAUCUACUCGGACACUUUAGAGAGCACGUCCAUGCUGGAGAAAGAGAAGUUCCCUCAAGACUACUUUCCUGAGUGCAAAUGGUCCAGAAAAGGCUUCAUCAGGACUCGCUGGGCUCUGGGGGACUGUGCCUUUGACCUGGUGAAUAUUCACCUGUUCCACGAUGCUUCCAACCUGGUGGCCUGGGAAAACAGCCCUUCUGUCUACUCAGGCACACGACAGAAAGCUCUCGGCUAUGUUCUGGACAGGAUCACAGAUCAGCGUUAUGAGAAGCUGCCAUAUUUCCUCUUUGGUGAUUUUAACUUCAGGCUGGACUCAAAGCAGGUUAUAGAGAGUCUGUGUUCUACAGCCACCAUGCAGACGGUUCGAACUGCAGACACCAACGAAGUGGACAAGCUCAUAUUCCGCGAGUCUGACAAUGACCGCAAGGUUGUGCUACAACUCGAAAAGAAGCUUUUUAACUACAUUAACCAGGAUGUUUUCCGGGAAAACAAUGGAACGCUGCUAUUAGAGUUUGAUAAAGAGAAGGCUGUCUUUAAGGAUCGUCUGCACGAGCUGGAGAUCUCCUUUCCUCCCAGCUACCCGUACAGUGAGGACAGCAGUCAGGGGAAGCAGUACAUGAAUACGCGAUGCCCUGCCUGGUGUGACCGCAUCCUCAUGUCUUCUUCUGCCAAAGACCUGGUUGUAAAGCCAGAGACUGAGGAGAAGUCAAUAACAUAUGACAAUAUAGGGCCCAAUGUCUGUAUGGGGGACCACAAGCCUGUUUUCCUGUCCUUUCGAUUAACCACAGGGGCAGAUAUAUGCUGCCAAAGAAUGGAGGGGAUUUCACCACAAGCGACCCUGUGAGAAACUCUGAGACAGCUGGACACACACACACUCUCUCUCACACACUCACAGAAAACCCUGAUAAGACUCUUCAGCAGGACUGACCAGUCGUAGUGACACAAGUGCAAGCCAUCACACCGAUAGAAAUGGCAGCAUGUGCCCAAGAGUGAUUUAAGAUUCAGGAACACACACCGAACAUCAAGCACACACACACGCACACACAAAAAACACAGCUCAUGCCGCUCCCUUCUCUCCUUGGACACUUCUCCUGCAACCUUUUCCCAGAACACCAACACAGUGACAAACAACUUAAAGGACAACUCUUCUUAUGUGACAUAGCCUUGUUGCCAAAACUCUAAUAGAAAAUCAGAAGUACUACAUAUUUUAAAGACAAUACUUGCGAUUUUUAGAUAUGCCUCUACAUUAUAGAAGAUACUUCCAUAUCUUGUGUAAGAUGUUUUAAGAAGUGCAAUGCAAAAAAGAUGUUGUAUAUGUAUAGUGUUAGGUUUAUUUGUACAUUGGAUUAUUAUAUAGUGGUGUUGAUGUUUUUUAGUGCUGUUUUCUUUCUCUUUUGGCGAGCUUGUGCGGUCUUUCUCUGUUGGAUUAGAUUAGGGUUUUUUUUUAAGCUCAUUUCAGCAGUUCACAUUAGUUUGCUUGAUUUCCUUUCCUUUCUUUCCUUAGGCUCUUUUGAUUUGUCCUUGCUGACUCGUGUGCCCAGCACACACUGCCAUGUCUCUGACAUCCACCAAGUCUCAUUUUAUAUACUGUACUUUUUAAAGAGAUAAUAAUUUAUGAUUCUUACCAAAAUGAUUACACUGAGGUAUGGAUAGAAACCUGCCGCUUGUCAGCUGAACCAUUUGAAUAGUUAUAGUUAUAUAUUAAAACACACAUCAUCUGAAGUGCACCUUUUCUGCAGUCAUAUGAUUUUCAUGUAGCCUAUCUGAGCUAUUCUAACCAGUGUCAUAGGCCAUGCAAGUAGCUAUAUAAGAUAUUGUUUCAUAUAGCAGUCUCACUUGGUUAUUGCAUUAUUAUUCUUAUCCUAACUUAUUUCUGUGUAAUAAUAUGGUUCUGAAUGUGAUAUUUUAGAUAGGCUUGGGUAUCUUUAAAAAAAAAUGUAAACUUUUUUUGUUUAAGUUUUUUUUUUUUUUUUUUGUUACUGCGUCAUGGUGCCGAAUAUUGUACACAGCAGACAAGUGUGUGUUAAGAAUUUGUGAAGUCGGUAGGAGGAAACCGGUCGCUUUUCAUGGUCACGCCGUAAACCGCAUACUGCUGGAGUGAAUAGUGUUCCAAAAUACGCCACGCUGUUUUGAGACACACUUUAGAGUGGUGUAGUGUGCGGUUUGGGACGUGGCCUGAGUUGCUCCAUCUAUUUCAUCAUUAAUCCUGUCUCGCUGCUCGUUAGAGCUUUAAAAUGGCGAUUAGCAGCCGGCCGACAUUUCCUCAUAUCGAUUUUAAUUUAGUACACUACAUAGUUCACAGGCCGUGUGAAGCAGGUAGUUUGAUAUUUGGAUUUCUUUAUUUUUUCCUCAUUUAAAUCACCGUAAGUGAGAAUGAAUUUACAGCAAAAAUUCAUGUCGUCUUAAGAGUGGCUUCCCAAACUGGCAUAGCCUACUAAAUAGUGUCAAAAUAGUGCGCUAACUAAAAUGUGAAAUAGCCUACUACUUUGACAUUGCAGGCCUAUUUAUUGCAUUAAUGUGAGGUUUUGGGAGAAAUUAAGACGUUAUUUAGACGACACGAAUGUAUUUUAUUAGCCAAAAACUUCGACGUACUGUUUAGUAGUAGCCUACUAUUUAGUAGGGUAGUAUGCCAUUUUGGACACUGCUCAGUAACCUUUCCCCUUCCCGCCGGUCACGUGAUGCGCUGUGUUUCCCUCUGUAAUAGCAGAUAGAGAUUGAGCUGCAUGGGUGGCCUGGCCUCUUCAAGCAAUAAAUCCAUUAGAACUGAACAA